AGCUUGGCUGUCCCUCCCCAGGCCACCCAGACCAGUCUCAGCUGCUCCCAGCCCGAAGAGGCCGAGUGUCCAGCUGCGGGCAGUGAACGCGGUGUGUCCCCUUGUCUCCAAGUCCCAGAGCUGGUGACACGGGCCGCGGCCCGGUGGGGAGCAGGCAGCCACCAUGGCGAAGGAGGACGAGGAUGAGAAGAAAGCUAAGAAAGGGAAAAAGGGGAAGAAGGCGCCGGAGCCGGAGAAGCCCAAACGGAGCCUGAAGGGGACGUCGCGGCUGUUCAUGGGCUUCCGCGAUCGCACGCCCAAGAUCUCCAAGAAGGGCCAGUUCCGGAGCGCGUCGGCUUUCUUUUGGGGCCUGCACACCGGCCCGCAGAAGACCAAACGCAAGAAGAAGGCGCGCACCGUGCUCAAGUCCACGUCGAAGCUCAUGACGCAAAUGCGCAUGGGCAAGAAGAAGCGGGCAAUGAAGGGCAAGAAGCCGUCCUUCAUGGUCAUCCGCUUCCCGGGCCGGCGCGGCUACGGCCGCCUGCGGCCGCGUGCCCGGUCACUCAGCAAGGCAUCCACGGCCAUCAACUGGCUCACCAAGAAGUUCCUCAUCAAGAAGGCCGAGGAGUCCGGCAGCGAGCAGGCCACGCUGGACGCCUGGCUCAACCGCUCGGGCUCCCGCGUCGGUUCCCGCAAGCUGCCCUUCCCGUCGGGCGCCGAGAUCCUGCGGCACGGAGGCCGCCUCCGGAGGUUCCCCCGCAGCCGCAGCAUCUACGAGUCGGGCGAGCCCGUGGGCUUCCUGCCCUUCGAGGACGAGGUCCCCUUCCGGCCUUCGGGCUCCCGCAAGUCGCUGUACGGGCUCGAGGGCUUCCAGGACCUGGGCGAGUAUUAUGACUACCACCGCGAGGGCGAUGACUACUACGACCGGCAGUCACUCUACCAGUACGAGGAGGAGCAGGAGCCCUACAUGGGCUACGGCCCCUACGGCCCCUACGGCCCCCACGGCCCGGCCUGGCCACCCUACGGAGACCACGCCCACGGGUACCCGCCCGAGGACCCCUACGACUACUACCACCCGGAUUAUUAUGGCGGCCCCUACUACCCCACGUACCCCUACGGCUACGGCUACGACGAUUACGAGCCCCCAUACGCGCCCCCAUCGGGGUACGCGGCUCCCUACAGCUACUACGAUGGGUACCAGGGCGAGGCGUACCCGCACGGCUACUACCUGGAUCCCUACGCACCUUACGAGGCGCCAUACCCGCCCUACGACCGCCCGUACGACCUCCCGUACGACGUGCCCUAUUUUGAUCCAUACGGGGGGCCCUAUGGCGCCCCCUAUGGCAUCCCGUACGCCGAAGGCAUCUAUGGCGGCGGAGACCAGGCCAUCUAUCCGCCCGAAGUGCCCUAUCUUUACCCAGAGGAGCCGGCCUUCGCGUACCCGUGGGUGCCGCCGCCCAUCCUGUCGCCCCACAACCCGUACGCCCACCCCAUGGAUGACAUUGCGGAGCUGGAGGAGCCGGAGGAGGCGGGCGCCGAGCGGCAGACCACCUCCUUCCGCCUGCCCAGCGCCGCCUUCUUCGAGCAGCAAGGCAUGGACAAGCCCGCCAGGUCCAAGCUAUCCCUCAUCCGCAGGUUCCGCCUCUUCCCGCGGCCCCAGGUGAAGCUGUUCGGGAAGGAGAAGCUGGACGUGUCCUUGCCCCCCUCCCUGGACAUCCCUCUGCCCUUGGGGGAUGCGGACGAAGACGAGGAGGAGGAGGAGAUGCCCCCUGUGCCUCCGGUGCCCUACGCCCACCCCUUUUGGGGCUUCCUCACGCCGCGCCAGCGCAACCUCCAGCGCGCCCUGUCCGCCUUCGGCGCCCACCGGGGCCUGGGCUUCGGCACCGACUUUGGCCGCCCCCCACCUCGCCCGGCCACCUCGCUGGCGCGGUUCCUCAAAAAGACGCUGUCCGAAAAGAAGCCCACCCCGAGGCUCAGGAGUAGCCGGAAGGCGCGGCUGGGAGGCCCGGCAGUCCGGGAGGCGGCCUACAAGCGCUUCGGCUACAAGCUGGCCGGCAUGGACUCCGAGCGCCCCGGCACGCCCAUCGUGCUGAGGAGGGCCGAGGCGCGGACGCGCAACAACAACAACUCCCACCGACCGCCCUCGCCCGCGCCCGCGCCUCGGCCGCCCUCCCACUGGAGCGCGCUCCUCUCCCCGCCCGCGGCCCGACGGCCCCCCAGCCCGGGCCCAGGGCCCCCGCCCGCCGCACCCUUCGCCCCCGCCCUCUCGGGCCUGCCCCGGCCCGCGUCGCCCUACGGCUCCCUCCGCCGGCACCCGCCGCCCUGGGCUGCCCCGGCCCACGUGCCCCUCGCGCCCCCCGCCAGCUGGUGGGCCUUCGUGGAGCCACCUCCCGUGAGCCCGGAGGUGCCCCCGGACCCGCUGGCCUUCCCCGGCUCCCGGCCCUCCUUCAGAGGCUCCCGCCGGCGAAGGGCGGCCUUCGGCCUCCCCUGGCCCCCGCUGCCCUCGCCCCAGCCCUCGCUGAGGAGCCUGCCCGGCUUAGGCUACCGCUCGCCCGUGGGGCCCCCGUCCCCUCAGCCAUCGCUCCGCGCUCGGCCCUUCCAGCCUCCCUUCUCGCCCCCGCCCCGCCGGCCCCGCUCGCUGCGGGAGCCCCCGUCCCCCCACCGCCGCUCUGGGCGCCUGGGCCCACCCCGCUCGCCCGUGCUGGGCUCCGCGCGGCCGCCCUCCCCGCCCCCUCUGUUGGGCCACAGCUCGCGGUGUCGCUCCCUCAACCUGCCUUCUCACCUCCCGAACACGUGGCGGCGACUCAGCGAGCCGCCCACCAGGGCCGUGAAGCCCCGGGUGCGCCAGCCCUUUCAGCGGCCUCCCAACGCAGGGUCCUGGCCGGUGGCUGCAGCUGCCCCUGAGCGCCGGGAGAGCCAGCGUGAGCCUGAGGACUCAGAGACACCCUGGACGGUGCCCCCAUUGGUCCCCAGCUGGGACGUGGACCUGCCUCCCACCCAGCGCCCACCAUCGCCCUGGCCGGGAGGUGCAGGCAGCCGCCGGGGCUUUUCCAGGCCACCUCCUGUGCCGGAAAACCCCUUCCUCCAGCACGUGGGCCCUGUGCCACCUCCUGCUUCCCAGUCUGAGGACCCAACCUCCGCCGACCUGACCAGUGUCUUCCUGGGUAGGCACUACGACCCAGGGCCUGGACAAUUGGUAAAAUCAGCCAGCCCGAUUCCUGAGAAGCCAGAAGAGACCACUCCGGAGGGCCCUCAGUCGCCAGCAGAGCCUGAGCCCUCCACCCCCACCCCUCCCAAGGAUUCUGCGCCAGAGCGGAAGACGCUAAGGCUCAGCCUCUCCUACCCUCUGGCCACAUGUGAUAAGAUGAGAGCCACGUGGCCGCCAUGGCGCCGCUGGGGGACAGUGCCCAGAGCCACAGCCCCCUUGGCACCCACUGGGGCCCCAGGGCCCCUGCCCAGGGUGGGCGAGCGGCGCCAGGCAGGCCCUGGGCGUUUUGCAGUGGUCAUGCCACAGGUGCAAAAACUCAGCGCUUUCCAGCGAGUUGGUCCUGCCCCUCUGCAGCCCCCUGUCCAGAUAAGCCAGGACCCGGAGCCCCGCCCCAAGCCAAGAGCCUGGAAUUUGCUCUGGUCCUGUUUCUGGCUGCCGGCAGAAGCCCCUCGACCCUGGCCACGAGUGCUGGCCCGCCCCCAGUCCUGCCGCCUGGGCCCUGGAGCCAAUUGCCUGCGCCAUGGGGGCCCCUGGGAAGAAGUUGGCCCCAAAAGCUGGUGGAACAAGAUGCACUCCAUCCGCAACCUGCCUACCACACGGUUCCGUGACCAGUGCCGGGAGGAUGGUGUGGAGGACAUGACACAGCUGGAAGACCUCCAGGAGACCACCGUGCUGUCCAACCUCAAGACCAGAUUUGAACGGAACCUCAUCUAUACCUACAUCGGCAGCAUCCUGGUGUCGGUGAACCCGUACCGAAUGUUUGGAAUCUAUGGGCAGGAGCAGGUGCAGCAGUACAGCGGGCGGGCCCUAGGAGAAAACCCCCCGCACCUCUUUGCAAUCGCAAAUCUUGCUUUUGCCAAAAUGCUUGAUGCCAAACAGAACCAGUGCAUAAUUAUCAGUGGAGAGAGUGGUUCUGGAAAAACCGAGGCCACAAAGUUGAUUCUACGCUACCUGGCCGCCAUGAACCAGAAACGAGGCAUCAUGCAGCAGAUAAAGAUCCUGGAGGCAACACCCCUCUUGGAGUCCUUCGGUAACGCCAAAACUGUCAGGAAUGACAACUCCAGCCGCUUCGGGAAGUUUGUGGAGGUCUUUCUGGAAGGGGGCGUGAUUUCUGGUGCCAUAACCUCCCAGUACCUGCUCGAGAAAUCCAGGAUUGUGUUUCAGGCCAAAAAUGAAAGGAACUAUCACAUCUUCUACGAGCUGCUGGCCGGGCUGCCCGCCCAGCUCCGACAGGCCUUCAGUCUGCAGGAGGCCGAGACCUACUACUACCUGAACCAGGGUGGGAACUGUGAGAUCUCAGGGAAGAGUGACUCGGACGACUUCCGCCGGCUCCUGGCCGCCAUGGAGGUGCUGGGCUUCAGUGGCGAGGACCAGGACAGCAUCUUCCGUAUCCUGGCGUCCAUCCUGCACCUGGGCAACGUCUACUUUGAGAAGUACGAGACAGAUGCACAGGAGACGGCCUCGGUGGUGAGUGCCCGGGAGAUCCAGGCCGUGGCGGAGCUGCUGCAGAUCUCCCCCGAGGGCCUGCAGAAGGCCAUCACUUUCAAAGUGACCGAGACAAUGCGAGAGAAGAUCUUCACCCCCCUGACGGUGGAGAGUGCCGUGGAUGCCAGAGAUGCCAUCGCCAAGGUGUUGUACGCACUGCUCUUCGGCUGGCUCAUUGCCCGGGUCAACGCGCUGGUGUCCCCACGGCAGGACACGCUGUCCAUUGCCAUCCUGGAUAUCUAUGGCUUUGAGGACCUGAGCUUCAACAGCUUCGAGCAGCUGUGCAUCAACUAUGCAAACGAGAACCUUCAGUACCUGUUCAACAAGAUCGUCUUCCAGGAGGAGCAGGAGGAGUACAUCCGGGAACAGAUCGACUGGCGGGAGAUCACCUUUGCUGACAACCAGCCGUGCAUCAAUCUCAUCUCACUGAAGCCCUACGGCAUCCUGCGCAUCCUCGAUGACCAGUGUUGCUUUCCCCAGGCCACAGACCACACAUUCCUGCAGAAGUGCCAUUACCACCACGGCGCCAACCCACUCUACUCCAAACCCAAGAUGCCGCUGCCCGAGUUCACCAUCAAGCACUACGCAGGCAAAGUCACCUAUCAGGUGCACAAGUUCCUAGACAAGAAUCAUGACCAGGUGCGCCAGGAUGUGCUAGAUCUCUUUGUGCGGAGCCGGACACGGGUGGUGGCACACCUCUUCUCCAGCCACGCGCCACAGGCUGCCCCUCAGCGCCUGGGCAAGAGCAGCUCUGUCACCCGGCUCUACAAGGCGCACACAGUGGCCGCUAAGUUCCAACAGUCGCUCCUGGAUCUGGUGGAAAAGAUGGAGAGGUGUAACCCCUUGUUCGUACGUUGCCUGAAGCCCAACCACAAGAAGGAGCCAGGCCUCUUUGAGCCAGAUGUGGUAAUGGCACAGUUACGCUAUUCGGGGGUGCUGGAGACCGUGCGGAUCCGCAAGGAGGGCUUUCCAGUGCGCCUGCCCUUCCAGGUGUUCAUCGACAGGUACCGCUGUCUAGUGGCCCUCAAACACAACCUGCCAGCCAGUGGGGACGUGUGUGUGUCGGUGCUGAGCCGGCUGUGCACGGUCACGCCAAAUAUGUACCGCGUCGGUGUCAGCAAGCUGUUCCUGAAGGAACACCUACACCAGCUGCUGGAGAGCAUGCGCGAGCACGUCCUGAACCUGGCAGCCGUCACGCUGCAGAGCUGCCUCCGCGGCUUCUUCAUCCGGCGGCGUUUCCGCUCCCUGCGCCACAAGAUCAUCCUGCUGCAGAGUCGGGCCCGUGGCUACCUGGCCAGGCAGCAGUAUCAGCAGAUGAGGAGGAGCCUGGUGAAGUUCCGGUCCCUGGUACACACAUACGUGAACCACCGGCAUUACCUCAAGGAGCUGAGCAAGCGGGAGGUGGUGGCCGUGGGGCACCUGGAGGUACCCGCUGAGUUGGCGGGACUCUUACAAGCCGUGGCAGGCCUCAGGCCAGCCCGGGUGCCCCGGGUGGUCCCCGUGCGGACUCCCCGGCUCCAGGCCGAGCCCCGUGUCACACUGCCCCUGGAUAUCAACAACUACCCCAUGGCCAAGUUUGUUCGAUGCCACUUUAAGGAACCUGCCUUCGGGAUGCUGACCGUGCCCCUGAAGACACCCCUCAUGCGGUUGCCAGUAGAGUGCCAUGCAGAAGCCGUGAGCGUCUUCAAAUUGAUCCUGCGCUUCAUGGGCGACCCCCACCUGUAUGGCGCCCAGGAAAAUGUCUUCGGGAACUACAUUGUGCAGAAGGGUCUGGCGGUGCCCGAACUUCGGGAUGAGAUCUUGGCACAGCUGGCCAACCAGGUGUGGCGCAACCCCAGCACCCACAAUGCUGAGCGGGGCUGGCUCUUACUGGCUACCUGCCUCAGUGGCUUUGCACCUUCAUCGCGCCUCAACAAGUACCUGCUCAAGUUUGUGUCUGAUUAUGGGCGGAAUGGCUUCCAGGCUGUGUGUCAACACCGCCUCAUGCAGGCCAUGGGCCGGGCCCAACAGCAGGGUUCUGGGGCAGCCCGCACCUUUCCCCCGACCCAGCUCGAGUGGAUAGCAACCCAGGAGAAGGCCAACAUGGCGUUGGAUGUGGGCUGCUUCAACGGUGACCAGUUCUCCUGCCCGGUGCACUCCUGGAGCACGGGGGAAGAAGUGGCUGGAGACAUUCUGAGGCACAGGGGGCUGACAGAUGGCUGGCGUGGCUGGACAGUGGCCAUGAAGAAGGGGGUCCAGUGGGCAGAGCUGGCAGGCCAUGACUACGUGCUGGACCUGGUGGCGGAUCUAGAGCUGCUCAGGGAUUUCCCGAGACAGAAGUCUUACUUCAUUGUGGGUGCAGAAGGGCCCGUGGCCGGCAGGGGCGGCCCCAGAGCGGUGUUUGGGAACAGCUGGGACUCAGACUCGGACACUCCCACCAGACCGGAGCCCCAGGGACAUGUGCCCAAAGUGGCUGACUCCGAUGGGUACUGCAGCCACAAUGAGGACCGUACAAAUGGGGAGACUGGGGCCCGGAGAGGGACAGCGACCCACCAAGACUCAGACAGCCUUGGAGAACCCUCUGUGCCCCACAAGGGACUGGACUGCUACCUGGACAGCCUCUUCGACCCCGUGCUGUCCUACGGGGAUGCGGACCUGGAGAAGCCAACAGCCAUUGCCUACCGCAUGAAAGGGGGAGGCCGGCCUGGCGAAAGUGGCAGCAGCAGCACUGAAGACCCCCCCAGGAGACCCCCAGAGCCAAAGCCAAAGCCAAAGCCAAUCCCAGGCCUGGAUGCCUCCACGCUGGCUCUGCAGCAGGCCUUCAUCCACAAGCAGGCCGUGCUACUGGCCCGGGAGAUGACCCUGCAGGCCAUGGCACUCCAGCAGCGGCCCCUGAGUCCCGCCCCAAGGCCCUUGCUCCCAGAGAAACCCCUAGCGCCAGAGGCAUGGCCGAAGUUUGUAGGCACGGGACCCCCAGCCAAACCCGUGCUCCUGCGCUCCACUCCAAAGCCCUUGGCCCCGGCCCCUCUGGCCAAGGCCCCAAGAGCCCCCACCAAGCCCGUGGCUGCCCCCAUUCUAGCUCAGGACCGGGCUUGUCCAGAAACCUCUUCGCCCUGCCCGGAGCUGGUCCGGUAUUCAACACUCAACUCGGAGCACUUCCCGCAGCCCACACAGCAGAUCAAGAACAUCGUGAGGCAGUACCAGCAUCCUCCCCGGGGAGGCCGGCCCGAGGCCCUCAGGAAGGAUGGCGGAAAGGUGUUCGUGAAGCGGCCAGACCCCCACGAGGAGGCGCUGAUGAUCCUCAAGGGGCAGAUGGGCCACCCGGCGGCAGCCUCUGGCAGCCAGGUGCCUAGAGAGGCCGUGGCCUUGGUGAAGCCAGUGACCAGCACACCACGGCCAUCCAUAGGACCCACUCCAGUGGCGCCUUCGCGGUCACUGGAGCCCCCCGAGGAACCCCUGCAGACGCGUCUGCACCGCCUAGUCAACCCCAACUACUACGGCUACCAGGAUGCCCCCUGGCGGAUCUUCUUGCGCAAAGAGGUGUUUUACCCCAAGGACAGCUACAGCCACCCUGUGCAGCUGGACCUCUUGUUCCGGCAGAUCGUCCACGACACGCUGUCCGAGGCCUGCGUGCGCAUCUCCGAGGACGAGAGGCUCAAGAUGAAGGCCCUGUUUGCCCAGAACCAGCUGGACACGCAGCGGCCGCUGGCAACAGAGAGUGUGAAGCGGGCCGUGGUCAGCACCGCACGCGACAGCUGGGAGGUCUACUUCUCCCGCCUCUUCCCAGCCACGGGCAGCGUGGGCACUGGCGUGCAGAUCCUAGCUGUGUCCCACACGGGCAUCAAACUCCUGCGGAUGGUCAAGGGCAGCCGGGAGGCUGGUGGGCAGCUGCAGGUUUUGCGCACGUACAGCUUUGCGGAUAUCCUGUUUGUGACCAUCCCCUCCCAGAACAUGCUGGAGUUCAACUUGGCCAGCGAGAAGGUCAUCCUCUUCUCAGCCCGAGCCCACCAGGUCAAGACCCUGGUGGAUGACUUCAUCCUGGAGCUGAAGAAGGACUCAGACUACGUGGUCGCAGUGAGGAACUUCCUGCCCGAGGACCCGGCCCUGCUGGCCUUCCACAAGGGCGACAUCAUUCAUCUGCAGCCCCUGGAGCCACCUCGAAUGGGCUACAGUGCCGGAUGCGUGGUCCGCAAGAAGGUCGUGUACUUGGAGGAGCUGCGGCGCAGAGGCCCUGACUUUGGCUGGAGGUUUGGGACCAUCCACGGGCGUGUGGGCCGCUUCCCUUCUGAGCUGGUGCAGCCUGCGGCCGCCCCUGACUUCCUGCAGUUGCCAGCCGAGCCUGGCCGGGGCCGUGCUGCUGCGGUGGCCGCUGCGGUGGCCUCCACGGCUGCCGCACGGGAGGUGGGCCGCAGGAGGGAGGGUCCCCCAGUCAGGGCUGGCUCCCCUGACCGUGCGGAGGACGGCCUGACUCUCCCACCGUACACGAUGCUUGAGUUUGCCCAGAAGUAUUUCCGAGACCCUCAGAGGAGACCCCAGGAUGGCCUCAGGCUGAAAUCCAAGGAGGGUCGGGAGUCUAGAACCUUGGAAGACAUGCUUUGCUUCACCAAGACCCCGCUCCAGGAAUCUCUCAUCGAGCUCAGCGACAGCAGCCUCAACAAGAUGGCCACCGACAUGUUCCUAGCUGUGAUGAGGUUCAUGGGCGAUGCCCCGCUGAAGGGCCAGAGCGAACUGGACGUGCUUUACACCCUCCUGAAGCUGUGUGGCGACCAUGAAGUCAUGCGGGACGAGUGUUACUGCCAGGUUGUGAAGCAGAUCACAGACAACACCAGCACCAAGCAGGACAGCUGCCAGCGAGGCUGGAGGCUGCUGUAUAUCGUGGCUGCCUACCACAGCUGCUCCGAGGUCCUCCAGCCACACCUUGUUCGCUUCCUCCAAGAUGUGAGCCGGACUCCGGGCCUGCCCUUCCAGGGGAUUGCCAAGGCCUGUGAGCAGAACGUGCAGAAAACCUUGCGCUUCGGUGGCCGCGUGGAGCUCCCCAGCAGCAUGGAGCUUCGGGCCAUGCUGGCGGGCCGCAGUUCCAAGAGGCAGCUCUUUCUUCUCCCCGGAGGCCUUGAACGCCACCUCAAAAUUAAAACAUGCACCGUGGCCCUGGACGUGGUGGAAGAAAUCUGUGCUGAGAUGGCUCUGACUCGCCCCGAGGCCUUCAGCGAGUACGUCAUCUUCGUUGUCACCAACCGAGGCCAGCACGUGUGCCCGCUCAGCCGCUGUGCCUACAUCCUGGACGUGGCCUCGGAGAUGGAGCAGGUGGAUGGUGGCUACAUGCUCUGGUUCCGGCGUGUGCUCUGGGAUCAGCCACUCAAGUUUGAGAAUGAGCUUUAUGUGACCAUGCACUACAACCAGGUCCUGCCCGACUACCUGAAGGGCCUCUUCAGCAGCGUGCCGGCCAGCCGGCCCAGCGACCAACAGUCGCAGCAAGUGUCCAAGCUGGCUUUGCUGCAGCACCGGGCCAAGGACCACUCCUACCUGCCCAGCGUGCGAGAGGUCCAGGACUACAUCCCGGCCCAGCUCUACCGCACCAUGGCUGGCUCGGCCUGGCUCAACCUGGUCGGUCAGCACCGGCAGCAGACGCAGGCUCUCAGCCCCCACCAGGCCCGUGCCCAGUUUCUGGGCCUCCUCAGCGCCUUACCCAUGUUCGGCUCCUCCUUCUUCUUCGUCCAGAGCUGCAGCAACGUGGCCGUGCCGGCCCCCUGCAUCCUUGCCGUCAACCAGAACGGCCUCAACUUCCUCAGCACCGAGACCCAUGAGCUGACGGUGAAAUUCCCCCUAAAGGAGAUCCAGUCCACUCGGACCCAGCGACCCACGGCCAGCUCCAGCUACCCGUAUGUGGAGAUCGCCCUGGGGGAUGUGACAGCCCAGCGCACCAUGCAGCUACAGCUAGAGCAGGGCCUGGAGCUGUGUCGAGUGGUGGCUGUGCACGUGGAGAACCUGCUCAGUGCCCGGGAGAAGCGGCUUACGCUGCCCCCCAGCGAGAUUACGCUACUCUGACCCGGCCCCCAGCCCUCCAGCUGCCCUCUGCCAGAAGGCUUGCUGUGUGGCCCCAGGGGAGUUACUGGGCCUCUCUGGGCCAGUGACCCCUGUAAGGGGCCAGACCCUUGCUGGAGGAGAGACCAAGAGGUGGUAGGAGGAAUGACCUAAGUCCCCGGGAACCUGAAAUGACAGAUGCAGAGUUGGGAUGGAAUUGCAGUGUGCGAACUUGGGUCAGAUAACAGGAGGAACUUCCAAAGGCGGGGCUGUGGGGCCCCCUGUCACAUACCCACUGUGGGCCCCGCCCCUGACUCCCACCUGUGGUAGAGAAGCCCCACACCAAUGGCCCAGUCAAAUUGGACUUUGUGUGUGGCUUACCCACGUUCUGAUGUUCAAAUCUGGGCCACGUCCACAUCUCAGCCCCUCAUGCGUCCUCCUUGAGUGCUCCCCACGCAGCCGCUCAGCUGGGAUUUGUGACCCUUGGUCAUUUCUAUGCAAAAAGGUGUGCCUGGCGGCCAUUCCUCUCUCCAGCCAGUUGGCUGAGGAGCUGGAAAAGAAGCCUAAGGAGGGAGGCAGGAAUUGGAGGCCCAGCUGUGCCCCUGGCUCACUGCCCCUGAACAAAGCUUCCUGCAGAGACCUCUGUCCUUUCCUCUCCCUUCAGACCCCUGUCCCCCAACUCCAUACUUCUUAGGUAACCCCAACCCAGUCCCCCGUCAUUGGACGGGUCACACAAGUUUUGAGAGUGGUGUAGUGGAGGGAGAGAGAAGUUUUAUGUCAGGGUUGGGGAGGAAGAAGUCUGGGAAAGGCUUCCCAAAGAAUGGGACAUUGGGGUUGGGUUUUGAAGGAUGGGUAGGAGUUUGUUAAGAAUAGAUGGAGGGGAGGGGAGUGAACAUUCCAAAUGGCAAAAACAGUGUUUAUUCUCUACUGUAUCCCCCAGAGCCUAGGACAAUGCCUAUCACAGAGCAGGCACUUGAAAAAUGCUUGUUACAUGAAAGAAUAAAUAAGUGUUGAUGGAAAGUGUUGGUGCUUUGGGGAACUUGUGAAGGAGGGAAGCACUAGUCUCGGGAGAAGAAGGCCUGGCAAGUAUGUGAGGGCAUAAGUAGCUGGAGCCACG